AUGGACGCCUCCGACUUGCACGAGAACCCCAUGGUUGAUGAGAACAUGGCUGACGCCGUUGACAUGAUGGAUGAGGGUGACAUUGAAGUCAUCCCCAAGACCGAAGAGGAAUACGCCCAGUCCACGCUGACUCUCCGCGCCAUCGUCUCCUCCAAAGAAGCCGGUAUCAUCAUCGGUAAAGCCGGCAAGAAUGUUGCUGACCUGCGUGACGAAACCGGUGUGAAGGCUGGUGUGAGCAAGGUUGUUCCUGGAGUUCACGAUCGCGUCUUGACCGUCACUGGUCCCCUGCACGGCACUGCUCGCGCCUAUGCUUUGGUUGCCAAGGGUCUGCUUGAGGGCGCCCCGCAGAUGGGCAUGGGAGGCGUCGUGUCUAACAAUGGCACCCACCCCGUCCGUCUCUUGAUCUCCCACAACCAGAUGGGUACCAUCAUUGGACGCCAAGGUCUCAAGAUCAAGCACAUCCAGGACGCGUCCGGCGUGCGCAUGGUCGCGCAGAAGGAAAUGCUGCCUCAGUCCACUGAGCGCAUCGUUGAGGUCCAGGGCACCCCCGAGGGCAUCGAGAAGGCUAUUUGGGAAAUUGGAAAGUGCCUCAUCGACGAUUGGCAACGCGGAACCGGCACUAUUUUGUACAAUCCUGCUGUUCGCUCCUCGGUCGGCGGUACUAGCAGCUCUGCCAGCAACCAGAACACUGGCAAUGGUUACAGCAGCCGCCCCUACAACCGCACCGGCAACGGUGCCGACUUCAGCGACCAGUCCGGCAGCUACAGCAGAAGAUCCAACCCCGAUACCAGCAACCGCGGCUACCCUCUCGUCACCGAAGACGGCGAGGAGAUUCAGACCCAGAACAUCAGCAUCCCCGCCGACAUGGUUGGAUGCAUCAUUGGCAGGGGCGGAAGCAAGAUCACUGAGAUCCGUAGAAGCUCUGGAGCUCGGAUCUCUAUUGCCAAGGCUCCUCACGAUGAGACGGGCGAGCGCAUGUUCACCAUCAUGGGCAGCGCCCAGGCCAACGAGAAGGCUCUCUACCUUUUGUACGAGAACCUCGAGGCCGAGAAGACUCGCCGCAGCCAGCUUCCUCAGGAGUAA